AUGAAGGCCCCCUAUCUUCUCUGCCUUGCUCUUUCGUGGGUGGCUCACGCGGUGCCCGCUCCGCGCGCCGCAGCGCCAACUGUGACCAUUGCCAGUCCGGCUGCGACUGUCAUCGGAAAAGCUGGCAAUGUGGAAGUCUUCAAUAAUAUUCCUUUCGCGCAGGCGCCCACCGGCUCACUGCGCUUGAAGCCCCCACAGCCGAUCCAAACGUCGCUUGGAACAAUUCAAGCGACUGGGAGCUCCAAGUCAUGCCCGCAGUUCUAUUUCUCCACCAGCGAUUUUCCAGCCUCAGUUCUGGGUAUCCUCGCUGACAACCCUUUGGUACAAGUUGCCACCAAUGCCGGCGAGGACUGCCUUAACAUCGACAUUCGUCGCCCGGCGGGAACUACCUCCGACUCGAAAUUGCCCGUGCUCGUUUGGAUCUUCGGAGGUGGAUUCGAGCUUGGGUCGAAGUCCAUGUAUGAUGGGACGUCGUUGGUUUCGUCUUCGGUCGAUUUGAACCUGCCUGUCAUCUUCGUUGCGAUGAACUACCGCGUGGGUGGCUUCGGCUUUUUGCCUGGCAAGGAGAUCAAAGAGGAUGGGUCUUCUAACCUUGGUUUGCUGGACCAACGACUGGCUUUGGAGUGGGUGGCCGAUAACAUUGCGGCCUUUGGAGGAGACCCAGACAAGGUGACCAUCUGGGGCGAAUCAGCGGGUGCGAUCUCGGUCUUCGAUCAGAUGGUGCUCUAUGACGGCGACAACACCUAUAAGGGUAAACCGCUUUUCCGAGGCGGUAUCAUGGACUCAGGUAGUGUCGUACCGGCUGAUCCUGUUGACGGGGUCAAGGGACAAGCGAUCUACGACACCGUCGUCUCCACCGCCAAGUGCGGUUCCUCCAACGACACCCUCGCCUGUCUCCGAGACUUGUCAUACGACGAGUUCCUCAAUGCUGUGAACUCUGUGCCCGGCUUAUUGAGCUACAGCUCCAUCGCCCUGUCAUAUCUCCCACGCCCGGACGGAAAGGUGCUCACCGCAUCUCCAGACGUUCUUGGGAAGGCUGGCAAAUUCGCGCAGGUGCCUUUCAUCGUGGGCGACCAAGAGGACGAGGGAACGCUCUUCGCCCUCUUCCAGGGCAACAUCACCACAACCGACGAGCUAGUCAAGUAUCUAGCCGACUAUUUCUUCUACGACGCCAGCCAGGAGGAGCUCCAGGAACUCGUCAGCCUCUACCCAGACACCACGACCUACGGAUCCCCGUUCCGCACCGGCACCGGCAACAACCUCUACCCGCAGUUCAAACGCCUCGCCGCCAUCCUCGGCGACCUGACCUUUACCAUCACGCGUCGGGCCUUCCUGGCCUACGCCGCCGAGAUAGCACCCAACCUGCCUACCUGGUCCUACCUGUCGAGCUACGACUAUGGCACCCCGAUCCUCGGUACUUUCCACGGCAGUGAUCUAAUACAGGUGUUCUACGGGAUCUGGCCCAACUACGCGGCCAAGUCCAGCCACACCUACUAUUUCAGUUUCGUGCAUGACCUCGACCCUAAUGCCCACCGUGGCGUUUACCCGGAAUGGCCCCAGUGGAAGGAGAAUCGGCAGCUGCUGAACUUCGAGGCCAAUGCGGUGGGUCUGAUGGGGGAUACGUUCCGCAACGGCACGUAUGAUUUCAUUUUGGAUCAUGUGGAUGCUUUUCAUAUCUAG